AGAUCCAACUUUUUUCCAUUUCGAGCCAGUGCAUUCACACAGCCAUGGGCUUCUGCUCGCCUGUGUAUAAGAUUUUACGGAGGGGAAAGUACUUUGUACUGCUCUUUGUCUCGCUCUCAGUGCUGGCAUGGAUUGCAAAUUUUACAGGGGAAACAUUAAAAUCUGUACACGACCCUUCUGCCACAAAACAACCUUCUGUCCAAGGGGACAGCCUGAGGGACAAACUUAACUCUUUGACAGCCACUCCUCAGAACUUAAAUACUCCAACACCCAAAGUCAAAUGCCCCGAGGAGUCGUCGUUGCUACAAGGAGCUGUGAAGCUGUCCUUUGAGUCCUCUCUGAAACUGACCGAUGUGGAGGGCGAGAACAAAAGAGUGACUGAGGGAGAGUACGAGCCAGCAGACUGCACGGCGAGGCAGAGCGUAGCCAUCCUCAUCCCUCAUCGCAGCAGAGAGAAACACCUCCUCUACCUCCUGCAUCACCUGCACCCCUUUCUGCAGAGGCAGCAGCUACACUACGCCAUCUACGUCAUCCAGCAGGCUGGUGAUGCAACUUUUAACCGUGCCAAGUUACUGAAUGUUGGAUAUUUGGAGGCACUGAAGGACUACAGUUGGGAGUGCUUCAUCUUCCAUGAUGUGGAUCUGGUUCCUGAAAAUGAUCACAAUUUAUACGUCUGUGACAAGCAACCCAAACACUUGGUGGUUGGGCGGAAUGCAACUGGAUACAAGCUGCGUUACAAAGGCUACUUUGGAGGAGUCACAGCUAUGACCAAAGACCAGUUUCUUCAAGUGAACGGAUUCUCCAACGCCUACUGGGGUUGGGGUGGAGAAGAUGAUGACCUGCGCAUCAGGGUUGAGCUGCAGAAAAUGAAGAUCAUACGUCCGCCUGCUGAUGUCGCUCGGUACACUAUGGUGUUUCACAAGCGGGACAGUGGCAAUCAAAUUAACAAAGACAGGAUGAGGUUGUUGGGACGAACGCCACAGGUAUGGAGAAAGGAUGGACUCAACAGCUGCUCCUAUGAGACUCUGUCAGUAGAGAGGCUGCCUCUUUAUGUGAAUGUAACUGUGGACAUUGGUAAGCCACAGAGUUGAGAUUUCAAAAACACGAAGCCCGAAGCUGUGACCAAAAAUAUUUUUAAUAUAUUUUUUAGACAAUUUUUGGGGAAACUGAGUGCAGAAAAGCGACUACAUGUGUUUAAGUCACCAUGUUAAGCACACAAAAUGCACAUAAAAAAAAAGAAAAUCAGUUUGUUAAGAUUAAGCUCAACUGCCACUACAUCUUUGCACUUUUGUUUUUGCAUAUCAUGUUGCCUUUAUUUCUUUGUAUUGAUAUCAGCCUGCUUAAAGAAAUCAUUUUGAAGGUAAUGAAUGGUUGGAUCAAAUGAAGAAGUCGCCCUUAUUCAUAUUUAUUUUUAAACUUGACUGAAAAAAAAAAAAAAACUAGCUGUCAUACCUUACUUUAUUUAAGCAUAUGCCUUUUUUCACACUGAUUCUUACUGAAAUGUGUAUUUUGUGUGCUUCAUUCUGUGUUUGCAUUAACUACAAACAUUGGUGUUGUGACUUCUUUUGCCUAACAUGACUUCAGGACAUUCGGAGAGGUACAGAAUGAGAACAUUAUGUCGAUGGAUAGCUAACGUCUUCACACUCCUGUAUUUGCUACUACCGAAUAAGGACCUUUAAUAUUAUUAUUAUUAUUAUUAUUAUAAAUAAAAAUGUAUUUACCUAAUUCUAUCAGACAAUAUCUAAAAAUGUGCUUGUAUGUGUGCAGAGCUUUUAAAAGAUGUUAAGGUGUGUUUAAGGCUCGUCACAGGGACAUGAUGAUUGAUUAGUAUCAGUCCCAAUGAGAACUCAUUAGAGCGGCGUCAACUGUGUGACAGACAAAACAAACACAACCUUAGUUAACGAUUAGCUUGUUGGUUUCUAGUCAUGUUAUCCCUUCAAAAGAUUAGUGACAACACCUAUAACUAAACAAUCAUCUGCUUGAUAUUUUAAACAGUUGAUGUAGUGGGGCUAGUUGAAGGGUAAGAUCACAACAAAAAUCGUCUUUGUCUGCAAUAAGAUGAACUCCAAACAAAUGUGAAGCCAUGAUUAUUUCAAAGGAAGCUGCGUUCAGGUGAAACCUCUCUACAUCUUCAGUUGCUUUUGUCCAUCAUCUGACGAAACAAAAGCAAAAACACAAACAUUUAGUUGAACUCAAAUGAAUGGCUGAUGUAUUAAUUAAAUCUUGGUAACCUCAUUAAUGCUAUAUAUUCGAGGGCUAACCUUUGUAUCUUCUUACUCUGUUUCAUAAAUUGAGUGAAUCCAAAGUUUAUUAUGAACUACUCUAGAUGCAGAGUGAAUGGACAGUUUUAUUUUAGUGGGACAGAAGAAUGACCAAAAGGUAAUUACAAUACAUGGAAAGCCAAAUCCCACCAAGUGAUGUGAGUUUAUAAUAUAUUAUUAUUAUAAUCUCUUGAUAUAGUUCAACUGAAAGACUUUUCACAGCAGACAUUGGUUCAGUAUCGAUCCUGUUUAAACUCGGGGUUAACACAAGAGGACAGCUGUAACACAUAGUCAGUCAUAUUGUGUCGAUCGGGCAGCUUCAACACAUUUUUUUAAGACUUCCGAGUCACUUCCGGCCACAGUCAUUGACUUUUCUUUUUUCACACAGGCUAGUUCAUAAAACACAGUUUAAUGAACUGAUAAAGCCCUUUUAUUUCCUCCAACUGUUGGGACUGAUAGCCGUAGUUUUUCAAGAGUUGGCAUACUAAAAAUGAAAUACUUCAUAUCAGCUUUCUUGUGUCUUGUAUGGAUAGUUCAUUUUGAGGUUAGUUGUUGGGGAUGCUUCUUCAUCCAACACGUCUCAGAUCGACCUCUGCAAGUGGGCGUGACUGAUUUGAUCUUGUGCAUCUCGGCGGUCUCUUGUAUUUAGUGCAUUUAAAAACCAAGUGUAACCAAGGGUCAUUGUUUCAUAGAGACCUUAAACUGUACUGUCUCACAAACAUGAAAGGCAGCCCUAAAAGUUGCACCUCUAGAUUCCCUGUUACAAUAUAUCAACAUGUCUGUUGUGAGAAAAGCUUCCAAGAAAGAUGAGAUCAUUUUUAAGAUUUCGUUUGCACUUUAAACCACUGACUUCUCUGAGCUGAAACGCUUGUGCUGCUUUGGGCCGAGACUUCUUUUUAACAAAACUUUAGAUAAACAAUCUUAGUAGUUUUGUGUAAAUCUGCAUGUUUUUAGGCCUUACAAGCUUGAUUAAAAAAAAAGGGAUUCUUAUUUAUUACUGUCAUAUUUUUUUAGUAGUCUUUGAGACCAAACUAUUUUAAAGUUUUUGCUAUUAUCAUAUUUGUUCAGAUAUUCCGAGUAGAAAUCUUUGGAUAUUUGUGCUUAACUCUUUUCAUGCAUUCCAGAAACAAACGUCUGCUUCAUUCAUAUCAAAGUUUUUUUUAAACUUCUUUAUAGUCUGACGAUCGUGUAGCUGCUAGUGUGUUACAACUACAAUACGUAUGUUUCCUUUAUGUCUUUAACAAUCAAAUCAUAUUACUUUCACUCUUCAUUAAGUAAUGCCUAUUAGAGCAUCCUGACAGUUGACUCACUCUAUUUUGGCACUGAAACUAAACGAAUUAGGAAAUCUGCAGCUUACUUUUUCCAUAAGGAAGGUCUGGAGUUGAUAAUUAAAUCAGUUUUGUAAGUUGUGGGUGACCUGAGCUUCCUUCCAUUUCAUGGUCGCAUCUCAACUCCUGACUGAAUGUUUUAGUGUUGGUUUUUUUCUACUGUGGGUUGAAAUCUUUUACAUGUUAAUUAAAGGUUAAAUAUGAUAAUAAAACUUCUGUUAAGGAUUUCUUUUCAAAUGAUCAUAGCUGAGACAACUAAUGUUGUAGCAUCAAACAAUUAACUGACAUUUUUUUUUGUUUGAACUUGUACUUUAUGUGAAUCAUUGUAUGGAAUUCAAAGUGAUGCCAUGUUUUUAAGUUGUGUGUGUUGGGGGCCUUUUUAUGCUUUUGUUUGAUGAGACAGCUGAAGAGAGACAGGAAAUGUUGGGGAGGAGAGAGUGGGGGGAUGAAUGACAUGCAGCAAAAGGCCAAGGUGGGGAUUCGAACCCCCGGCCGCUGCAACAAGGACCACAGCCUCUGUACACGGGGCAUGCGACACGCGCCCCAAACUGAUGCCAUGUUUACCCAUUGAGAAUAAUUGAAUUGAAAAGUUAUGUGUUGUUUUGGGGGUGAUUUGUUACAUGUGUUGGUGUUGAUGAGAGAUUGCAGGUUCAUGACAUAGAGGGGUACUAUUGAUUUCACCUGUUUAAGUAUGAUUCUCUUUAGAAACAUGUAUAAUAAAUAGUAUUUUUUCUUAUGAA